GCAGUAUUCACAAACAACCAGCAACAAGUGAAACAGAGAGUGUGCUGUGCUCGCGUUGUCGUCUCCUAGCGCUGGUUCACGUAACACGAUCGCUACAAUAUUCUACAUCAAAGUCUUGAACUGAAAAUGUGGUGGGUGCAGUGCUGCGGUUGAUAUGUGUAGUACAAGUUGACACAGCUGUGGAUUUUUCUACCAACACGAUGAUAUUCACACGAUUAACAUGUGUUCUGAUAAUAGCUUCAACGUCGAUAGCCGUACAGUUUCCACCAAACCCUACGUCAGAUAUGUCUGCAGAUGAUAAAGUAUCAAAGGGCAAUAAAACAGUGGAACUGUCAGAAGAAAGCGGUCAUGAAAUAGAAACUGAUAUUGACGAAGGCAAGGAAAAGAAGUUCUUAGAUGAUGCUAUGAGAACUGUAUUAGACCCCAAUGCCUUAAUAGUUAAGACAAAUGAUAUUGUUGAAACAUUUAAAUACCAAUUAGAUGAGUUAGAUAAGGGUAAUAAUAGUCUCGAUGUAUUUAUGGAUGAAAUGGAUAAAUUAAGUUUAGAUGUUUGCAAGACGUCACAAGAAGCUCUUUGGUCGUACGUUACUGAUAUAAAUAAUGAAGCUAAGAAGAAUAAAAUGGUUCGCAUUGCUGCAGAAGAGGACGAAAUAAAGAAACAAUAUUGGAACAUAUUGAAAAAGAAAUAUUUAAAUGAUGAGCAAGUCAUGAAUGACCCUAAGGUGAAAAGGAAGAUAAGAAUCAUAAAAGAACGGGGCACCAAUGUCCAGAUGCCACAAAGCAAGCAAAGAGAAGAAAUAGACACGAUGCAAAGGAUAUGGAGCCGCGUCACUGUUUGUGCCUAUAACUCGACUUGCAGCGCGGAAGAUUCGGUACGAACCAUGAGUGACGUAAUAUCGAUCUUUAAAACAAGCAACGACACAAAAGAGUUGGCUUAUUAUUGGAAAGUUUAUCGCGAUACGACUGGAAAGAAAAUUCGUCCGAUAUUCAAAGACUAUGUAGUAAGAAUGAACAGGGUGGCAGAAUCGGAGAACUUUACCGAUGCAGGCGAUAUGUGGCGGUAUGCAUUCGAAGAUGAUGAUUUUGUUGGAACUGUCGAUCGAAUCUGGACGGAGAUCAAACCUUUUUACGAUUUACUACAUGGUUAUGUUAGAGCAAAAUUGAAAUUGGUUUACAGAGACCUUUUGAAGAGCAACGAUAAACUCAUUCCUGCUCAUAUUUUAGGUAACCUAUGGGCCCAAGAAUGGCAAGCCAUCUACCCAAAAGUAGUGGCAUACGCUGAUCACAUGAGACCCAAACUCCCUGCUAAUGAGACCUUACAUUCCAAAGACCUAUUUGACGCAGUUGAUGAGUUCCAUCAAUCUCUUGGUUUUGAGAGUGCAAAGGAUUCUUAUCAGGAUAUAAAAGAGACGAUGGCGACGGCUAAUUGCUUGCCUUCUAGCCAUGAUAUGUGUGAUGGCGUCAAUUACAAAAUAAAAUGGUGCGGAGACAAGGUGACGGAUGUUGUCGUUGGCCUAUCCCGAGCUGCAAGACUUUUAGGACAUGUCCAGUAUUUCAAGCAUUACAGGAAUCUUCCUCCAUUGUACAGAGAUGGGCCAAAUCCAGCGUUCCACGAUGCAAUCUCGGACAUCGUCGCCGUUCAGUUGACCUCGCCUGAACACUUAAUGACCUUGAACUUGGUGAAGGUUGAAACGGGUCCCGAGGUGACCUUGAACCAUCUUCUCUGGGUCGCGUUGGAGAAGUUCCCGUUGAUGGCUUACGCUUAUGUCUUGGAUAAGUGGAGAUGGGAUGUAUUUGGGAAUAGCAGCUUGGAGGAUUGGAAUCAGCAUUGGUGGGAUUUAAGAAUUAAAGAGACUGGAGUGUCACCCCCAGUGCCUAGGAAUGAAACCGACCUAGAUCCAGCAGCUAAGUACCACGUUGUGUCCCACGUGCAAUACAUUACGUAUUUGAUAUCUCACGUGCUUGAGUUCCAAAUCCUGCUAUCUUUGUGUAAAAGGGCGAAUCAUACAGGACCUCUGCAUGAAUGUUCGAUAUAUGGUGUGAAGGAAGCAGGAAAACUUCUCAGUGAUGGAAUGGCUCUUGGCGCAAGUGAAGACUGGAGAACAGUUCUUCAAGCUAUAACAGGUGAAUCAGAACUCUCAACUGAAGGCAUACUCCAGUACUUUUCAGAGCUCCAAAAAUUCCUCCAAGAAGAAAACAUUAAACUUGCAAUGCUUAGUGAAGGCGAUAUGGAUCAGAGUGCACCAAUCAUUGUAGGCGCCAUAGUGGUGUUGUUAACGAUACUAAUAAUAGUACUUUACUGUGUAAAGAAACACGAUGUUGGAAGCAAAGUGUUUUCCGUUUGCGGUUUAAGUAAAAAUGGCUCUUUGGAUAUAGUGACGAACGAACUUCCACAGGGGAAAAGCAAUGAAGUCGAUGGUAUAAGUGAAGAUAAAGUCUAAAAUACAACUUAGUUAAGAUCUGAAUGUGAUUAUGUUAAUGUUUGUAUCUUAAGUGAAAGUAUUUUAAAGACAUAGAACAGGACCAAUAGAGAUAAGACAAACAAUUAUUUAGAAGUUAUUGUGCCAGUGAUAAUCAAAACGAGUUAUGAUUUGAUUACAUAAUAAGAUUAAUUCCAAUAUGUAUUUGUGUGAAAGUUUCGGAUUAUUGUUUUAUCAAUAAGUUUUAUGCCAUGGGUAUGUUAUAUUAUACUAUUAAAUUUUAUCGAAUGA